UAAAAAGAGGGCGGGGACAGAGAUGUGGAUGCUGCGAGUCCUCUCUCGGUGAAUAAGCUGCACGAGGACCUCCGCUGCUGCCUGUCGGCGCCUCUGAUGUUUCACCCACACAGAGUCCACGAGCGGAGGACCGGCGGCCGACAGGGAGAGGUCCUCUGAUAUCAGGACUUCCUCCCCCCUCCCUCUCUCCUGGAUGGAGCCCGGCUUUGUGCAGGCAGCGAUGGCCGCGGGCGAUGCCUCGAAAAAGGCGUCGGUUCGGAACGUAACCGUGGAGAGAACGAACCUCCUCACCGUCUGCAGGUUUUCAGUGAAGACAUUGUUGGAGAAAUACACUGCAGAGCCCAUCGAUGAUUCCUCUGAGGAGUUCAUCAAUUUUGCAGCCAUCCUUGAACACAUCCUCAGCCACCGUUUUAAAGGCUCGGGCAGCUGGUUCGACGGUCAGAGGAGUUUCUGGGACUAUGUUCGUGUGGCCUGUGCUAAAGUCCCCAACAGCUGCAUCAGCAGCAUUGAGAGCAUGGAGAACAUCAGCACCUCACGAGCCAAGGGCAGAGCGUGGAUUAGAGUUGCUCUGAUGGAGAAAAGACUGUCUGAAUACAUAGCCACUGCUCUGAGGGACAGUAGGACGACCAGGAGGUUGUACACAGAAGGAGCCAUCAUGUUGAGAGAAGAAGCCACAGUCCUGACAGGGAUGCUCAUAGGUCUCGGAGCCAUAGACUUUAGUUUCUGUCUGAAAGGUGAGGUCUUGGAUGGAAAAUCCUCGGCAGUGAUUGAUUACACACCAUACUUGAAAUUCACACAAAGCUACGAUUACCUGAGUGACGAUGAAGAUGGCCACAGUGUCAACAGCAGCACCAGUGAUGACAGCGUCCCUGAACAUCCCUACAUCCCCCUGGUCACUGAUGAGGAGAGCUGGAGCACAAAGUGUCGCAAGAUGGAGCAGAGGUUCAAGAUCGUCAACGCACAGAAGGGUUACCUGGAGGAGCUGGUGCGCCUGCGUGAGUCCCAGCUGAAGAACACAGAGGCUGAAAAUAAGAGGCUGAAGGCUCGCCUGGACGAGCUGCAAGGCCAGAACCUACAGGAGAAGAAGGAACUAGAAACCAUAGUCCUGGAGCUUCAGGAGCAACUGACAAGCUUGAUUCCAUGUGACUCCAAUCACCUGGCCAAAAACCUUUCCAUCCCUCUGGUCAACCAGUGGCCCACACUCCAGGGGGAGGUCAAGUUGAUCCGCAGGAGGAGUUUCCCCAGCACUGAGCUGCUGUCAGUGGAGAUCAGCCUGGACUCAGACUCUCAGAGGACGGACAGCAAACAGAACGGAGGAGCCUGGUGCACAGGAAAAGACUACACCCCCUCCAUGAUGGGCCUGUGCGGGUCCUUGGCCUCCCUGCCGAGCUGCAAGUCUCUAACAAGCCUCAAGUCCAGUGAAUGCCUGGUUAACAUCAGCACAGAGAACAGUCCUGCCCUCUCUCCCAGCUAGGGGGUGCCAAAGUGACACUGCCAACCCUGGUGAAGAGACAGAACAAGACGACUGCUCUGUGCUCUCUUGUGUAGUCUUAACGUGACUCUGUCCACUUUUAGGCUCUGAGAGAGUAGCCUCCCAGUGUGGGACAGUGACACAGACGCAGGAAUAGCUGCUGUACUGCCCGACAGCCUCCUUUCACCUUCACUGUCUGUCAUGUUUUGGAUGUGAUUACACCUCCUGUAGUCCAGGAGGUGUAAUCACAUUGUGCAAUUACAGUAAACUGUUUAUGUACUGGUCUCAUUCACCACAACCAACGCAACUCACUGUAGGCUUAUUCUCUGUGUCACUGUCCAUUCAUCUGUCACUGUAUCUUACUCUGCCUGUUGCAUAACCCUGGCAGAAUGGAUGAGCGUUUAUAGGAAACAGACAGAAUGUUUUUACCAUGUUAUAUUACACUAUUAUAAAAGUUUGGAAACAGAUCAUACAAGAGAAGGCUGACGUGAUCGGAGGGUUCUGAAGAUUAUUUUCAAAGUGAAGCGGCACAACUUUAUGAUGUUAGAAUUAUUCCAUCGUACCGUAGGCUAGAGGUCGAGAUUAUGGGAUACGACUCUUAAAGACCAAGUUAUCAACGUUUGCUAGGGGGCGCUACAAUGCAAACACAAAAACAACAAGUGGACAUCAUAUCUGUGGCAUACAAAUGCAAAUGACAUUGUGACUAUGCAGAAUGAAUGUUUUCAUUGUCUUUUUCUACAAACCUGGCUUGAUAGAGGUGUUUGAGCAGCAGAGAAAUAGUGGAUGUGUAAUGUGAGUGUGUGUGUGUGUCAAUCAGUUGUUUUCUUUUUUAUAUAAUAAUUCAUUUCAUGGCAUAGACUACUUAUUUGUAUCAUUUAGCAUCAUGUAAUAUUAGUUUCAUGCAGGUGUGUUGAGAGUUGGUGUAUGCUGUUAUUAAAAAUUGCAAUAAAACUGCCUUUUUUUGAAACAUUAAA